CCCUUAAACCUAUUCAAUUUCAUAUUUGAGCCCUAACCCCCCUCCUUCUCCUCUCUUUGCUCGAAUUUGUACGAUUAACGAAGAGCAGCCAUGGUUUGGUUUCAAUGCGAGGACUGUGGUGAUAACCUUAAGAAACCGAAGCUCGCCAAUCACUUCAGAGCUUGCUCCGCUAACAGGCUAUCAUGCAUCGAUUGCGGGCAAAUGUUCGGGCAACAGAGUGUUCAAGGUCACACGCAAUGCAUCACAGAAAUGGAGAAAUAUGGUCCAAAGGGUCAAACGAAACCUGCACAAGGUACACCUGGAAAACCUAAUAGUGCGUCAAAGCCAAAACCAGAAGUCGACAUAAAUGUCGGAUUAUCAGAACGUCCUCCAUGGUUUUGCAGUCUAUGUAACACGAGUGCUACUAGUAAGCAAACGUUGCUUUCACAUGCUGAUGGGAAGAAACACAGAGCAAAAGCACGAGCUUUUCAUGCAUCAAAGCAACCACCCAAGGAAACAGAGGAACAGCCUACUCCUAAUAUUGAAAGUAAAUCUGAAAAAGUUGAGGAAACACAUACAUCUGAAAGCAAGAAGAGAAAGCUUGAAGCUUUUGAAAAGAAUGGUGAAUUGGGAAAUGGUGAAGUGAUUCAUGAUGCAAAUGUGGAGUCAGAGGAACCCAAGAAAGUGAAAUGUAAGAAAGAAGAUGGUGAGAAGAGGAUAAAGUGGAAGAAGAUAAUAACUUCAGUCUUGAAAUCUAAUCCGGAUGGCAGUAUGAAGAUGAGAAAACUGCGAACACAAGUUUUGAAGACACUUAAGGAAUCUGGGUCAACAGUAGAUGAUAAUGAACUUGUUGAGACACUUGAGCAUAAGAUUAAUUCAAGCUCCAAGUUUGCUGUUAAUGGGAAGUAUGUACAAUUGGCUGCUAAAAGUUAAGAGAUUUUUGCAGAUUGAAUCCUUCCUGAAUUGCAAUUUAAUCGCCCAGGUUCAUAUGCCUUGAUGGGUAAUUGGGUCUUUUUGGUUUUGGGAUGAACUUUUGUAGAUGAAAAUUUUGUUAGAUGGCGUAUUUUAUAAACAAAGGAAGAGUGUAACCCUAUUUAUGUUAUUGUUAAAUGAUUAUUUAAUCGAAUUUUCGG